CUCCACUAUAAAAGCUGGAACUCUUGCCUGCAGUGCCUCAGUUGAAAGACAGCUCUCUAACAGUACUAUUCCCAAAAAAAACCACAAUGAGCGAGACCGAGCUUUCGAGUACCGUGACGCGGGCGUUACUGGAUCUCUACCAACGCCACCACGCUCCGUUGGACUCCCAGCCGAUGGCGGGAGUUGGGGAAAACGCCUACGGCCAGGUACUUCGGGUCAGCUGGCCGACGAUUCCCGAAGCACCGUCGGUGGUGGUGAAGAUGGCGCCAAAGAACGAGGCGCGCCGCGAGCAUAUGCAUGUGGUGGACUACUACGCACGCGAGGUGUUCAUGUACCGAGAGGUAUUCCCCAUAUUCCGGGAACUUAAUCCGGACCACAGCAUCUUCACUGUGGCGCCUGCUCUUGAGGCGAAUGGUCUGCAGCCUCCAAAUGAGUUUCUCAUCUUCGAGGACUUGGCUGGAAGUGGAUUUCGACCCUAUUCCCGCUGCUCCAUGCCCACCUACGACAUUGUCAUCUGCAUAAUGAAGGCCCUAGCCGAGAUGCAUGCCAGCUCCUUUGUCCUCCAAGCCAAGAACCCAGCCAAGUUCGAGGAACUGAUCAGCCAUAUCAAGAAGGAUAAUUUGUUUACCGAAAACAUUGAGGAAGUAACCAUAGAGUUUGGAAAGUUUCAGCUGAGGAAGACCAAAAAGAUGCUGGGAGCAUCGGAUGGAGAGCCAUCUGAAGUGGCAGCCAUGCGCGAGGUACUGGAUCUCUGUGAGAAACACUUCAAGGCCCUAGCUCUCUACAGCGUGGACGGGAAAUCCCAAAAUCCACACUCUGUUAUAUGUCAUGGUGACUUCUGGAACAACAAUAUCCUGUAUAGAUACGAGCCCAAUCAUGAUCAGCCCGUGGAGGCCAAGCUCAUCGACUUCCAGAUGUCCCGCUAUGCUCCUCCAGUCUUGGAUAUAAUCCACUACCUGCACACCUGCACGGAGAAACCACUGCGAGAUGAGCACUUUAUCGCCUUUAUGAACGCCUACCACGAGACUCUUGGCCAGAAACUGAAGUCCUGUGGCCUCCGCAUCGAGGAGAUAUAUCCUCGCAGUAUUUUCAACCGGCAGCUCCAGCUCUACGGGGUGUAUGGCCUAAUUAUGGGCGCCUUCUCCUUGCCGUUCUUCGUUUCCAAUGCCAAUGAGGUGUUGGACAUCGACACUGUGUCGGAAGCCAUCAAGGACCUCUCGGAAACUGAGGCGCCACAGUACCAGGACCUCAUUGAAGAGUUCGAAAUGCUGAACGAACGGACGCUGCCCAUAUUUAAGCGGAGGAUGGUCGGCAUAGUUAAGGAUCUGAUCAAGUAUAACAUGACCGAGCCACUGUACAAGUUCGAGGCCUAACAAGGAGCUUCAGUAUUCAAAAAAAUAAACAAUUUCGUUACCUGUUUAAUA